AUGGACCGUACCACUGGUCGGUUGUGCACUAGCAUACGCAACCAACUGCAAAGGUCCACUGCAGCAGGCAGACACACCUCACAGCUCACAGCAGGCAGACACAGCUCACAGCAGAUAGCACAGUUCACAGGCCACACAGAAACAACAGCAACUAGCUCACAACACAUACACAGCUCACAGCAGGCAUCACAGUUCACAGGAAACACAGAAACAGCAGCAACCAGCUCACAGCACAGUUCACAGAACAAAAACAGCACAUACACAACUCACAGCACAAACACAGGUCACAGCACAGAAAUAGCAGCAACCAGCUCACAACACAGAAACAGCAGCACACAGUUCACAACAAGCACAGCAGGCAGCACAGCUCACAGCUCCACAGAAACAGCAGACACAGAACACAACACAGAAACAUCAGCAACACAUCACAGAAAUAGCACAACUCACAGCAUCAUUGCAGGCAGCACAGCAGGCAGAUGGCAGCAUCACAUCAAGCAUGCCAGCAGGCAGGCAGCAAGCGCAGAAACAGGCAGGCAGCAAGCACAGAAAAAGCAUGACAGAAACAACAUGAUAGCACAGAAACACGACAAAAAUAGCACAGAAACAGAACAGAAACAACACAGAAACAUGACAGAAUUAAUACCAUCACCUCGGACAUCUCCUUUCCCGAUCAAUCGUUAUGCAAGUAAUACAGAAACAAAGAAACACGAAAUAAACGAAGAAACGGAGAACAUUUACAAAGAACUAAACAAAUUACCUGUAAAUCUGGAAAGUCAACUGGUGUUGGAUUAUGAAGCUCCCUCGAGUCCGCAUGUGUAG